UUUGGAAGGCUGAAGGCAAACGCGACCGGUCCCGUGAAAAAAGUGUCUCUGGCGACUGUUUGUGGUUCCGUGGUUUCGGUUGCGUGUAUUAUUGAGUGAAUUACCGGCCACCUAUCCGUGCAAACAUCUGCAGCAUCCAAAUAGGCGUGAAAACCAGGUUAUAAAACACACCGCGCGUAAAGUACGCUAAACGCAUCACAAAUGAUGGACAUGUCGUCUGGCCCACCUAGGGGUGGCUAUCGAGGACGGGGUGGUCCUCCCCGCGGUGGUUACGGCGACCGGGGCAGCUCACCAUUUCCGUUCAGAGGCCGCGGUCGAGGUGGUGGCCCCCCGAUGGGUGGUCCGCGGAUGGGUAUGGGAGGUCCACCGAUGAUGCGCGGCGGACGUGGGGGUAUGAUGCGAGGAGGUGGGCCUCCGCGCGGAAUGGGAGGCCCACCGGGACGAGGUGGUGGCCCACCAAUGUCCCGCGGGGGUCCCUACGGUGGUGGCCGCCCGAUGGGCGGACGAGGCUAUGGGGGCGGUGGUCCCCCGGCGUCGGUAGCGAACGGAUCCGGAGGCCCUCCAUCGUCGAUUGCCGCUUCGGAAAAUGGUGACGGAAGCGCCGGAAAAGGAGUGCCAGAAACGAACGGUGGUAGCACCGCCAAGGCUGUCUCGACGUCCGGUGGUGGCGGGGGCGGCGGUCAAAAUGCUGCCGCUGGAGGCGGUUCCUCGAGUGGCGGUGGUGCACAGUCGGUUGCGGCAAAUUCGACCGAAACGGAGCAUCUGUCGCCGAAACAAACGAUCAAAACGGCCGACUCGAGCAGCUUGGCGACGGUGGGUUCGCAACAGGAAUCGUCGAUUCAAUCGACGCACUCGUCCUCGCCGUACCACUCGUCAUCGCGCGGCAUGUCACGCGGACGGGGCGGCGGAGGUUUCAUGUCCCGUGGUAUGGGUCGCGGACGCGGAGGUUAUGGCGGCGGUGGCGGAGACUACGGGGGCCCGAAACCGUUCCGCGGUGGAAUGGGUGGAGGACGUGGACGGGGCGGCGGUGGCUAUGGUGGUGGUGGCGGCGGGGGAGGUAGCUAUGGUGGAGGUUACGGCGGUGGUCCGAACGGCGGCGGAGGUGGCUAUGGCGGCGGAAUGGGAGGCGGUGGUGGCGGAGGGUAUGGUAAUGCUCCACCUUCGUCCUACAAUCCGAUGGGUGGUUACGGUCAGAACAGUGGUGGUGGCGGUGGUGGCCCGGGCGGUGGCUAUGGUCAGGGGCCACCACCUCCGCGACAGUUUGACUCCCGCCAGGGCGGAAACCCGUCUGCCGUUCCGCCGAUCAAGCGCGGAGGAAUUCCGGGAGCCGGCGGACCACCGGGACCGAAGCGAGGCCGCUACGACACUGGACCGCCAAGCCGCGCGCUGCCCCCGAAAUCAAUGCCGCCGCAUCACGGUUCUGCGGCACCCCCCGUACCUUCGUACAGUGCCCCUCCGCAGACGAUGGCCAACCACGGUGGCUACAGUGAUCCGAGCGCUCAUGCUCCGCCGCCCCAGAUGGAGCACCAGUACACGCACUCGGCGGCCGCCACCAGCUCGACCGGAUACGGCAGUGCAGCGACACAGCAAACUGGCUACGCUACCAACGGGUACGGCCAGAGCUCCUACGGAACCACGACAAUGGCCAGCACCGGCUACCCGAGCACUGGUACCGAGUACGACACAAGUCACUACGACUAUAGCAACUCGACCACGUACGAUACGCGUUACCCAUCCGGGUACACGCAGGACUACAGUCAGUCGUACGGCACGACCACCGACUAUAGUGCGGUUUCGACCGAUACUUACGCCAGUCAGCAGUACGACGAUCGGUCAACCGCCUACAGUGGCUACGACGCGCAAGCGUAUUCGCAGGGCUACGCAAAAACUGAUCAAUAUGCUCACAGCGGUUAUUACUAAACAACUAGAGGCACAAAGACACAGCCGAAAAAAGCAAAAACAGUACAGUGAAGUGAAAAUAACACAUGAAAAGAAAGAGCAAGACAGAGCCAGAAGAAGAAUGAAGAAACAGUGCUGCAAAAACAACCACAAACCACAGAUCAAAGCUCAGAUCUCUUACGUCGUCGUCGUCAUCAUGCUCCAUAGUCGAUAAAAACGGCUGCAACACAGAGUUGACAAAAACCAAAACGAAGGGAGCGCACAACUGAACACACGAAGAUGAUGAACGACGAAGAUCGUCUCCCCGAAAAGGCAUAAUCGACAGAUAAAUAUGGUAACAGAGCUUAACUAAAUAUGAGAAAGUCAUGCAUAAACACACAGUAUCAGAAUAUGAUGAGUGGUAUUCGAAUCGAAUUUCCAAACAAAGACAAAGAAGAAACUUCAAACGGUGGGCUGAUGAAGCAAAGGCCGUCUAUCGGUCACGGAAGCCUCAAUCCGGCAUCAUACAAGUUGAUUUUCUCUCAAAGGCGAUACAAAAUUCGUCGUGUGUCUCUCAUCGUGAGUACGUAAAGCAGAUACAACUGUAACCAUCAAGGGCAACUUUUGCUUCCUUCUUUCCAUUACACAACUACCGAGUGAUGCGCUCUCCACUCGUAGUCUAAAUGUAACAGCAUAUGGUAAAUGUUUAAGUGUAACUAAGUAGUAUUUAGGUCACGGGAAAAAGUUCGAACACAAGAAUAGAAUUUCGCUAACAAUUAGAACGGAGAUGAGUUUCGCGUAGAGGAGUCUAUAGCAAAGCCUAGGAAGCAGAAGAUCAGAAGCCGAGUUUGAGAAAGUAUGACAGAAAGUAUCAUGAAGAUAUGGCGUAUCAAGCUAGGCAUUAAGCUUAGGCCGGUGUUUUGAAGCAGGUUAAAUGGGUAAGGCGAGCUCUAUCAACAAAACCGCAUAGACACAUUUCGCAGGCAAGCGAACAGAAAAUGCAUUCAAAAGCCAGCGUUAAAGUGGUCAUAAUCAAUCAGUGAUGAAUUACCAGACAUUGGGUUUAGCCUGUACUUUAUGUAAUAAUGUUUUAUGUGCUUUUUUGAUUAUUUGUUUCGAAAUUAUCGAAAAUCGAUAAUAGACAAUUUCUAACUCUUUUUUCACAACGAAAAUAUAGAAGGAGUGUGUGUAUAGUUUUAUUGGACAGUAGACUUGGACGCAAUUUAUAAAAACUUUUCUUUUCAAAGUUUAAGGUUUUCGAACAGUUAGUUAUUAUAUUGUAUUAUUCAUUUUCAUUUCCCCCUGAGAAGAAAGAUGACGUGAAUCAUUCGUUAUUUUUGAGAACACAAAGAAACUGUGGGAAACAAAGUAAUAGAGCUGGCAGAAUUGCGGAUUAACAUGAACUUACAGAGUGCAAAACUGGAAGUAGAUAUAAUUAGAGCAGGGAUGCAUGAUCACCCAGACAAAACUCAGACUCUUUUGGAGCUUCUAGAGGCGUAAUGACUUUUGAUAGGAAAGUGAAAAUGAGGUAAAACUAUCGUUUACCAACCGGCGAAGAGGUAAAGAUCGUGCGAAGGAAAGGUGGAGGAACAGAUAACUGACUGCCUGGCAGUGUGAGCUCCAGAAAAGGGAGGUUCCAGAUGUGCCGGUAUAUAGGGCAAGGCAACGUUCAGUAAUCUUCCCAACCCUGGCUAGCAAAAGAAGAUACAUCUUAAAAAUAAUCAUAAUAAAUUUGGUGACCACCAAAGAGAAGGAGAGAAAAAGAAAGAGCGAACGCGUUUCAUUGCUUCGAAACCAAUAGAAAAUAAUAAAUAAGCGAAAGAGAAAAAUUUCCACCACAAACGUUCACCUUUCAAUGAUACUGCGUGCCAUAAAUUAUCUUCAAAUCUUC